AUGAAGCUUAUCAGAAUCAAAUCAAGUCUCUCUUAUUUCAAGAAGUGUGCUACCAAAGCCAAAACGUGGCUUGCCGUGGCAGCCAACAAAUUUCACCGAUCUAGAGAUGGGUUUGACCCAUCUGUCUCAAUCGGCCUUUCAUCAACGUCACCUCCCCACACUUCCAGUUUUUCGUCGGCCACUAGCUUUGCCCACCCCUCAACUCCGAUCACCUACAUCAGCAUUGAUACCUCCUCCCUGGUCACCCCGACUUACCUUCCUUUUUCCAGUGUCUAUGGUCUACCCGUGACUUCACACACGUCUCUUCCUCUGUUGGCCCCUACCUCCGGCCCACCUUCGACUCCAAUCAGUCCCACAAGCGUUGAAUCCAGUCCGCCUUCAACUCAAUUCAGUCCCAUGAGCAUUUACUCCGGCCCUCUUGUGACUCCCACAUUCCGUGGGUACUAUAACCAUUUUAACGAGGAUUCUCCCCCUCUUUCAACUCCCGCCCGCUUCACAACAAUUGAAAGCUCUCAGGUCUCAACAGAUGUGACACCCCAGGACGCCUCCGGAGAACAGAAUUGGAUUCAGCUAGCCCGAGAAAUACAUCGUCGUUCGCCUACGCCUUCCUGUCCAAGGCAGGCACUCCCAGCGCACGAGUCUAGCCCGCCUACGCAACAAAUUUGUUCAACUUCUGAUCAGCUUUACCUUAUCUCCCCAUCUGCUUCGACUUCCACCUGCUCGACAACUAUCACAAGCUCGGAGGUGUCAAGUGAAAUCACCCCAGAGAUCACCCCCCGAACACCUCAACCUUACGCUCACUGCGCUUCAAACCAGUCUCCUCAGUUAACCAGGAAACGUUGCUUCUCGGUGAUUAUGGACGAUGACGACAGCGUACCACCUUACAAGCGUAACAGGUUGGCGUUGCCCGGUCCUGUCACUUUGGACAAUUCUUGUCAAACUUUGGUGCUCAGCGCCAGGAAACGGCGCUUUGCAAUCUCUAUGGAUGAUGAGGACACUGAACACCCUCAUAAGCGGUACAAGUUCGGUUCGUCAGCUUGUAUUUUCUUGGCAGAUGGCUUUCCUCCUCCUUACACGUCCAGAGAUCGCAAUGGCUGGUUCCUUAAUGAACACAAAGGUCAAAUAUUCUGGGCUGCCUAUCCAUCAAGCGCGCCCUUCACAUUGAUUGUAAAUGACUCAAACACAUAA